AUGGAGAGAGAGAUUGAAGAGCUGGAACGCGCAGUACUGGAAAACUGCCGUCUUCUUGAGGAGGUUGAAGGAGCCAAGCCCAAGAGAUUUCAGGAGAGACAUGCUGCAGAUGGUCGACCCUCACUCUUGGGCCUCUCACAGUUGAUCUCCAGCCUGAAAAGCGGACAAGAAAGAGGCAGAGGACCCGGAAAGUCAGUCCAAGGGGGGUGGUUCCAGCGGUGGCGGUCCAGAUCCAGGCGGUCCCAGCGGCGGCGGUCCAGGUGGUCCCAGCGGCGGCGGUCCAGGCGGUCCCAGCGGCAACGGUCCAGGCGAUUCCCAGUGGCGGCGGUCCAGGCGGUCCCAGCGGCGGCGGUCCAGGCGGUUCCAGAAGCGGCUGUCCAGGCGGUCCCAGCGGGGACGGUCCAGGCGGUCCCAGCAGCGGCAGUCCCGGUGGUCCAGGCAGUCGAGGUCCAGGCGGUCCCAGCGGCGGCGGUCCAGGUGGUCCCAGCGGUGACGGUCCAGGCGGUCCCAGAAGCGGCGGUCCAGGCGGUCCCAGCGGCGGCGGUCCGGGUGGUCCAGGCGGUCGAGGUCCAGGCAGACGAGGCCCAGGCGGUCCUAGCGGCGGCAGUCCAGGCGGUCCCAGUGGCGACGGUCCAGGCGGUCCCAGCGGCGGCAGUCCAGGUGGCCGAGGCAGUCGAGGUCCAGGCGGUCCCAGCAGCAGCGGUCCAGGCGGUCCCAGCGGUGACGGACCAGGCAGUCCAGGUCCAGGCGGUCCCAGCAGCGGUGGUCGAGGUCCAGGCGGUCGAGGUCCAGGCAGUCCCAGAACCGGCGGUCCCAGCGGCGGUGGUCCCAGAUGUGGCGGUCCCAGCAGCGGUCCAGGCGGCAGAUCACCGCUCUCCAACACCGGCUGGCGCUUGCACAGCCAGUCCCCGUGCCAUACCACCCCCAUCCACGGAGACUGUGAAUGCUGUCAAAGAGCUGUGGCAGCGCAGUAGUGAGGGCCUAGAUCAGUGUCAAAAAGAGCAGUUGAGACAUCUCUUGGACAGGUAUGUGGACAUCUUUGCCGCUCGAGAUGAGGACUGUACACAAACUCGGCUUGUCCAGCACUCUAUUGACACUGGUUCGGCCCCCCCAAUACGCCUUAGGCCCCAUCGGCUCGCCCUUUCAAAGAGACAGUUAGCAGAGGACAUGAUCCACAAAAUGCUUGCGGCUGGAAUAAUAGAACCAUCCAGCAGUCCUUGGGCAGCUCCAGUAGUUCUUGUGCGCAAGAGAUUGGGUGGGUGGCGGUUCUGUGUGGUGGAUUACCGUCGUCUCAACGCGGUCACAAAGAAGGACUCUUAUCCACUACCCCGCAUCGACGAUGCUCUGGAUUACAUUAGUGGAUCAAGUUGGUUCAGCUCCCUCGACAUGCGAAGUGGAUAUUGGCAGGUGGAGCUCAGCCCCCAGGCCAGGGCAAAGACUGCAUUCACAUUCGGGCAAGGACUCUGGCAGUUUCGUGUAAUGCCAUUUGGCCUGUGCAAUGCGCCGGCCACGUUCGAGCGUCUCAUGGAGCGGGUGCUCGCCGACAUUCCUCGCAGCCAUUGUGUGGUGUACCUGGAUGACCUGCUAGUCCAUGCGAGUGAUUUCAGCAAAGCUUUGGGCCACCUGAGCGGCGUCUUCAGUGCUAUUCGUCACGCUGGUCUGCGGCUGAACCCUGCCAAGUGCCACCUUCUGCAGAGAGAGACUACUUUCCUGGGUCAUGUGGUCAGUGCUGAAGGAGUAGCGACUAACCCAGAGAAAGUAGCGGCUGUCCAGGAUUGGCCGAUCCCGGUUAACCUAAAAGCAGCCCUCACAGCCGCGCCCAUCCUUGCGUACCCGCACGUAGAUCUCCCCUAUGUGGUGGACACAGACGCUAGUGGCACCGGAAUUGGGGCUGUCCUUUCACAGCAGGGAGGCGAAGGAGAGCGAGUAGUGGGGUACUACAGUCGCGCUCUCAGUCGUGAGGAGAGGAACUACUGUGUCACACGCCGAGAGCUGUUAGCCGUAGUGAUGGCAGUACACCAUUUUCGCCCCUAUUUGCACGGCAACAAGUUCCUCCUGCGCACAGAUCAUGCCUCACUGACCUGGCUUUUAAGUUUCAAGCAGCCAGAGGGACAAGUAGCUCGUUGGCUGGAAGUUCUCCAAACUUACGAUUUUGACAUUCAACAUCGCCCUGGACAACAACACAAUAAUGCGGAUGCCCUGUCACGACGCCCGUGUGUUAUAGCAGAGUGUCGUUACUGCGAGCGCCAGGAAGAGCGGGAUCGGGACAAGCCGAGGGUUUCCACUGCCACAAUUAACCCCCCUGAUGACCUGUCUUCAGAACAGCUGCAGCAACAGCAAGAGUCCGAUACCACCCUGGCCCUGAUCAGGAAGUGGCUGGAACUGCCCAGACGUCCUGAAUGGCCGGCAGUCUCCCCCCAUGGCACUGAUAUUAAGGCCUAUUACUCUCAGUGGGGAAACAUUGAGCUUCGUAACGGCUUGCUGUUCCGGAGGUCCUUCAGAGUGUGCACGGUUCAAUCGGCUCAGGCCACUUUGGCAUCUCCAAGACCCUCCAUCGGCUUCGGGGACGUUUCUACUGGCCCGGCUGCCGACAGGACGUGGAAAUACAUGUGCAUUGCUGUGAUUUGUGCACUGCUCGGAAAGGUCCCACCCAGCGCUCACAUGCCCCCCUUCAGCAAUACCUGGUCGGGGCUCCAAUGGAACGAGUAG